AUGGUCAAAUCAACUACCCUCAUUUCCGCCUUCUUCUCUCUGCUGGCUUCCACUGCCGCAGUGACUAUCCCUGACACUGACUACGAGGUCAUUGUCGUUGGUGGCGGGCCUGCUGGUCUCAGUGCUCUCAGCGGUGUCUCUCGUGUUCGUCGUAAGGCACUGAUGAUUGACAGUGGUCACUAUCGCAAUGACCCAACCCGUGAGAUGCACGACGUGAUCGGAAAUGACGGAACUCCUCCCGCCAAAUUCCGAAACCUUGCGCGUGAGCAGAUCUUGAAGUAUGACACUGCCACUAUUCAAGAUGACACAGUCGAGUCCAUCGAUCCGAUCGAUGGAGACUUCACUUCCUUCAAUGUGAAGAUCACCAACGGAACAACCUAUACUGCGCGUAAGAUUGUUCUCGGAACUGGUGUCUACGACGUCCUGCCCGACACCCCUGGUCUGAAGGAAGGGUUCGGAAAGGGUAUCUGGUGGUGUCCCUGGUGCGAUGGCUACGAGCACCGCGAUCAGCCCCUCGGUAUGAUUGGUGAUAUUGCCGAUCAGCUCUCUAACGUCUUGGAAGUCCACACAUUGUACAGUGACAUGAUUGCCUUUGUCAACGGUACUCAGACACCGGAAGGCGAGGCCAAGGCCACAGCUAAGGUCUCUGACUGGAAGGAGCAGCUCGAGGCUUGGGGUACCAAGAUCGACAAUCGUACUAUUGCCUCUAUUGAGCGUCUGCAAGACGGUGGCACGAACCGCAGCGAGACUGAGCACGCCCAGUACGACAAGUUCCGUGUGCACUUCACCACUGGCGAGCCUGUUGAGCGCAGUGCUUUCAUUAUCAAUGUGCCCACUGACCAGUACUCGUCGUUGCCCGCCAAGAUGGGUCUGGAUAUGGACGGCACCAAGAUCAAUGUUACCAGCGGAAUGCGGACCAGCGAAACUGGUGUCUUUGCUGUUGGUGACGCCAACAAUGAUGGUAGCACCAACGUGCCCCACGCUAUGUUCAGUGGCAAGAAGGCUGCUGUCUACCUUCAUGUUGAACUUUCUCGUGAGGAGUCCAAGUCCAAGGUCUCCAAGCGUGAAGGCCUUUCCCGCCGUGAGCUCGAGAAGGAGGCUGACCGCGCCAUUGGUGACAAUCUCGAGAAGGAGUGGGAGCGUGCUAUGCGUGGGUAG